ACAUUCGAGUGACACUUCCUCCCAUCAGCUGUUAUUGUUUUGCUGUAUGAACAGUGGACGUUAAUGUCAUAAUAGCAGUAACGGUGUUGUUUGGCGAACGUGAACCCACUUGGUGGACGGUUCUUAUCGUCGAUUUCGUCAUUUAGGCCCCGUUCGCUCGCUCCCGCCUUUGCGUAUCACCCGGGUUCGUCAGUCCGGACAUUCCUCUCCCUGAGCACUGUGAGCGUGGCGUUUGGAGUCGGGGCAGCGGGAGGAGGGGAAGCGGGGCCCGGCGGGGAUCGACCCGAGCCCAAGGCCUCUGAGGUCGGCCAGCGAGAGGACAGGAAACUGGCGGCCCAGAUGGAUUCCCAGGGCGAAGUGGACGGCGCCCCUGAGAUGCUGCGAGGCUUCAUUUGUGCCUCGUUCAACCAGGACACCACUUCCCUGUCAGUGGGCACCAAGACUGGCUACCGUCUCUUCUCCGUCACCGCUGUGGACAAACUGGACUGCAUCCACGAAGGAGUGGAGUGUCCCGACGUGUGCAUAGUGGAGCGGCUGUUCUCCAGCAGCCUGGUGGUGGUGGUGAGCCAAUCCAUGCCGCGGCGAAUGAACGUCUAUCACUUUAAGAAAGGUACUGAGAUUUGCAACUACAGCUAUACCAACAACAUCCUCUCCGUCAGGCUCAAUCGACAGCGGCUGGUGGUGUGUUUGGAGGAGUCCAUUUACAUCCACAACAUCAAAGACAUGAAGCUACUCAAGACCUUGCUCAACACCCCCACCAACCCUUCAGGUCUCUGUGCCCUGUCUGUCAACCAUGGUAACUCCUAUUUGGCAUACCCUGGCAGUGCCACCAUUGGAGAGAUUACUGUGUAUGACGCAAACAACCUGAGCACUGUGACGCUGAUCCAGGCCCAUGCCAGUCCCCUGGCGGCCCUCACAUUCAACGGCUCCGGCACCAAACUGGCCAGCGCUUCAGAGAAGGGAACUGUUAUUAGGGUGUUCAGCAUUCCUGAAGGACUGAGGAUGUUCGAAUUCCGGCGAGGCAUGAAGAGAUAUGUCAGCAUUAGUUCGCUGUCCUUCAGCGCUGAUGCCCAGUUCCUGUGUGCCUCCAGCAACACUGAGACGGUUCAUAUCUUCAAACUGGAGCAGCACAGCCCGAGUCAAGAGGAGGAGUCUCCCACAUGGUCUGCAUAUGUCGGAAAAAUGUUCACAGCUGCCAGCACCUACUUGCCGGCUCAGGUGUCCGACAUGAUGCAUCAGGACAGAGCCUUCGCCACCGUGCGGCUUAACAUGUUCGGCCUGAAGAACAUCUGUGCCCUGGCCACGAUUCAGAAGCUGCCUCGCCUGCUGGUGGCGUCAUCCGACGGGUAUCUUUACAUCUAUAAUGUGGAUCCACAGGAUGGAGGCGAAUGUGUGCUGGUCCAAAAACACAGGUUGUUUGAUGACAGCGAGGAGCAGGUGGGAGAGACGGAGGAGGAGACGUCAGGGGAGGUUUCCAACCAACCGGUCAGCCAAUCAUACGCUGCCACCGUUGCGCUCCCAUCAAGCCCGCCCACCUCAACCACACUCGUGGGAUACUCCGAGGAUGGUGGAGCCCAGAAGGGGGAGGUCAUCCCCGAGCAUGAGUUUGCAGAAGGCCCCGUGUGUCUGGAUGAUGAAAAUGAAUUCCCCCCAGUCAGCAACUAAAUUAACUGUCAAAGCCCCACCUGUCUCCUUGUGAAUGGACAAAAGUCCCUUCUCCCCGCUGCCCACACAUACCCCUGCAGGUCGAGGGUCAUAUCCUUCCGGAAUGUUACACUCUGGUCUUUCUGGAUUUUGUGUAGCUCAAUAAAUACACGACCUGAGAGUGCAAAGUUCACUCAAUAGGAACAUCUCAAGAUGAAAAAUCCCCUACACUGAUAGAACAAUAGUGAAGGGGAUGUUACUUCAUUGAUUCACAAGAGCGAACCAGCAUUUGUCGGUUUGCGAGGGUCACUUUUCAGCCUGGUACAUCGCCAUGGUAACUUGUUUUGUUGACUUAACCGGGUACAUUUGAGAUAACCAAUCAAAGAUGACACGAGCAAUGCGUAUUGACUAGAUCAACAUUCCCAAAAGAACCUAUUGACUUUUUAUGUCACUGUUUGUGCUGAUGUACUGAGUAUUAGGGUCACACCGAACAAUACAUGCAAGAGUAAUUUACUUACAACCAUAAAGUAGAAUAAAUAUUUUAGCAGAAAGUAUGGUUUAGUAGUUAAUUAAGUUCCAAUACUGAGGACAAUGGUCAUCAUUUUAGAAAGAAAAAAGUCGUAAUAUCUGGAGAAUAGUCUUAAUUUUCACACAAAAAAGGUUUACGAUUGCAAAAAUAGUCAUAAUUUUAAGUGGAAAAAGUAGUCAUUUUACAAGUAAAAAUUUAAUAAUUUCAAAAGAAAAGUAUGAAAACAAAGCCAUAAUUUUACUAGAAAAAAAGUAUUAAAUUGACAGAAAUAAAGUAAUAAUAUGAUUUUUCGACAGCAGUUACGUAUUGUGAGGACAAAGUUGAAAUUUUAUCAGGAAAAAAGUAAUCAUUUUGUGAGAAUAAAGUCCUAAUAUUGUGAAAGGAAAAGUAAUAGUGUGGCCAAAAUGUUUUGUAUAUAUAUAUAUAUAUAUAUAUAUAUAUAUAUAUAUAU